GCACUGCACUGCACAAUUCUAACUGUAUUAUUCUCUCACCAAAAGUAUUCGUUUUUUCAUUCCUUCCCAUUGAUAUGAAGCUGAAAUCAACUACUGUUCCAUAAAUUCUCUAUUAAAUCAAAGUAGCUCUUCAAUGGCGAAUUGGAAGAGAGGCGCCAUUUACUGAGGCAACAGUUUCACCUAUAGACUUUGUUAUUUUCAGUAUCUUCUCUUUUCCUCAUACUUGUAGUUUUUGUUUUAUGAGGAUUGACUAACCGUUCGUAUUAUUGAUUGUUUCAAUAAUUUUCUGCCUUCAAAUGUUCCUUAGUUUGUUGAACUGCUCGAUGAAAUACAGACUAAAUUUUAGUAGUAUGCGUUCUCUGAGGAUUUCAUUAAAUUGCGUCGGUAAUAGUGAUUGAGCAUCAAUUUUGUUCGUGAUAAAGGUUUUUUGAACUUGAUCAACAAUUUCUGUAUUCAAAUGUUCCUUUGUUGAACAGCAUGUUAUAAAUACAUAACUUGUAGUAGUAUUUCUGUGAGGAUUGUUCGAAUUCCACUGAAGGAUCGUUAAAGUUCCUUAUGUGUUUUGAUUUUCCUGUCUUCAGAUGCUCUUUCGUUGUUGCCAUUUUAUUUUCAAGUCCAGAAGAGGAAGUAUUUCAAUUUUGUGAGCAAUUGUUUGAAUUCAACUCAAGGAUCAACUGAUUUUUCGCUCUUCUACACUCAUUUUACUUUCUGUUCGUGAUACUGAUUGUUUGAAGUAAAUUGAAGAAUUUAAAAUUUCCAGUUUUCACCCAACUUUAAUUUGUUGCUGUUAGUAUCUCUUUUUUCACUCUAAUUUUUGGUUUUAAAAGAAAUAUUGUCAGUAUGUGAUUUUGGAGGAUCUAGCUUUUCCAUCGACUUUUUUUGCUGUUUCGCUGCAGCUGUUUUGAUUUUUCUCUGUUCAAGAGUUCCUUUGUUGUUGCGAUUUUACUUUAAUUACAGAAGAGCAACUCUUUUAAUUUUAUGAGGAUUCAACUCCAUUGGUCAAGGAAUUACUGUUUCCAGAUUUUUCGUACCAACAAAAUAUAGUAGUGUGUGUUUUCUGAUGAUCAAGCAUCUCCGUCGUACUUUGUAGCCAAUACAUUGUGAGUUCAGAAGAGGAACUCUUUCGCUGUUUGAACUGCUUGUUAUCCAGAGGAAAUACAGACUCCGGUUCAUUUUUCUUAUUUGUUUUUCUCCGGCAGUUUGUAAGCUUAAAUUGUUGUAUGUGUUUUGUGAGGAUUCCAUUAAAUUGUGUUCCUAAUACUGAUUGUUACUUAAGGGUCUAGCAUUUAUUUAUGUGUAACCAAGUGAUUUCAUUACUAAAUGAACAAUGUAACAGUACAUAAAAUGGAGAAUUGCUGGACAUCGUCCUAUAAAUUCUGUGUUCAGAUGUUCCUUUGUUGCCAUUUCAUUUUUAGUCCAGAAGAGCAACUAUUUCAAUUUGAACCGCUUGUUAUCCACAUGAAAUAAUUUCAUUUUGCUUUGUUCGUUUGUUUGAAGGAUCUACCAUUUCCAGAUAAUUUUAACCCACUUUGUAAACCACCCAGAUUGUUGUAUGUGUUAUGUGAGAAUUCCGUUAAAUUCUGUUUGUAAUACUUGAUUGUUUGAACUCGAUUGGUGAAGGAUCUAUCAUUAGCGUCCUCCUAUAAUUUCUGUGUUCAAAUGUUCCUUUGUUGCAUCUUCGUUUUAAUUCCAGAAGAGCAAUAGUUUUUCUGUUGUUGAACUGCUUGUUAUCCACGUGAAAUAUAUACAACCUCUGUUAUAAUUUUGAGGGAAAGACGAACAUCUAACUCUAAUAUACAGACUGUUUUUUCUUUUUGAUUAGAUCUGUGAGUGUGCACUUUCGUGGUCUCAAUUUUCAUAGUUCAUUCUUCUUUGGGAAUUUGUACAGGCAAUUAAUCUAGGUGGUUGAAACAGACCUAGAUGGAACAAUUUGAGUUUAGGCCGAUCAUGUCGGAUCGUAUAUCUUUCAAUAACAAAAAAUACCUCAGUAACUUUAGUGAAGUGAUCUGUUUGGAGAAACUCUGAAAUAAGAAGUUAUUUGGAAGUUUCACAAAUGCUCAUUGAAGUAUUCUUCAAUUGAUUGCUACAGUUGUAGAUGAUGAUAAAUGCAUUUUUUUUCUGGAGAAGUACUUCAUCCUGCUAAUAAUUUUGUACUCUAAAUUCUAGACUUGCAGGUUUUAUCAAGAACAGAGCACAAGAUAUACUUGCUGCGUUUUAGCUGUUCCAAAUAGUGUUUAAACUGCUAGAGGCCCAUAUUAAACUUGAACCUGAUAAAGAUGGAUUUUUGUGAAAAUAUGGAGUCAAAUGUUGAGUUUCACAUAAAAGAUGAGGCAAAAAGGCUGCUUAAAGAGAUUGAACUGGUGAAGAAGAAUGUUGAGAACUCUAAGUUCUAUGCUGGAAUGCGAUUGGAUCUCAAAGAGAAUGACAUAAUCCAAAAAGAUUUUCUCCGCCUUUUAGGUUCCCAUAAACAGUUUCAGGUGGUAAUCUAUGGUUUGGGAAGCACCGAAUACAGUUUUCGUUCCCAAUUUCAGCUUGCUGUAGCUCUCCUACUAAAACAAGAUUUUUCCAAUUGGAUUGACAAUAUAGAAAUAUAUGAUCCCUGCAUGUCUCCAGCUGAUAUCAUAGUUUUCGAAAAACUAGGUCUUGAGGUUCUCACCGUUGAUGAAAAUUGUAAGAGGACAGCUCAGAUACCAACAAUAUUCUACAUGCCUAAUCCUCUUUGUGAUCUUGUUGGCAAUCUGUUGGGAGCAAACUGGUCUUCGUCUUGUCUUAACCAGAUCUCUUUGCUGACAAACUCAUUUCACAAUACGCUGGCCAUUACAUCACAAUCUAGCCCUACUCUAGAAGCAGAGCUAUGCUUCAAGAGAAUUCUUGAGUUCACAACGGAGAUUGACAUCAAAACUGGUGACAAUCAAAUGUAUGCUGAUUUGUUCUCAGGAUUUGCCUGGCAUUUCUUUGAUGUGGAUCCCACUACUGACAUUGACAAACCGGGAUGGUAUUGGUUGGAUAUUCAAAGGCAUCUUGAAGAAGAAUUUUUGGAAGAUAUGCAAGGCGAUAUGACUGGUGAAGAAUUAGCAGAAUAUUCGGGUAAUUAUCGUGGGACUCGUCGUUUAAGAUACAAAGCGAGUCCUCCACCUCCAGGCUGGAUUAAGCUAAACAUUUAUGGUAUUGGUACAAAGGAUCAUCAGCCAGGACGAUAUAGUGGCAUCUUCAAAGAUGAAAAAGGGGUGUGUUUUGAUAGCUAUAGGGGUGACAUUAAUGUUGAAGACAAUGUGAUUGCUGGACUAGAGGCCUUGAGGCUUGGGUUAACCAGAUGCAUGGAAGCAAAGCCAAUUGCACAAAAGUUGAUUGUGGAGUCGGAUAAUGCUAUACUUGUCCAUUAUGUUAAUGGUCUAGCUGAGCCAAAUGAAACAACUAUGUGCAGGUUGAAGGAAAUUUUCGACUUACUGGAUGCCAAUAAAGUUUGUGUGGUUCAUCACUAUAUCUAUGAAGAAGCCAAUGAAGCUGCAAGAGACUUGGCUCAGAGAGUUGAAUAUCCCAAUAGUGAAUAAAUAGCUUUGUUUUUGACUCAAGGGGUAAGGUGAAUCUUUCUAGGUUGAACUAAGGCUUCAAAUUCAAUUUGCAUUUUAUGUCAACUUGAUGUUUUCGCCAAAGGUUGUGGAGACACUUGAAUUUACUUGUCAGUCUUUGUUUAAUUGUGGUUUUUAAUGUUUAGAAUAACAUACCCGUCUGUUUUGGCUGUAGUUUCUACAGAAUUGUUUCUGUGUUUUUGGGUGUUGCCGCUGUAGUUUCUACAGAAUUGCUUCUGCGUUUUUGGGUG